AUGGGGGCUCUAAGGGGUUCCAGGGAGCGGGCGGUCAGGCGAGAAACGGGGAGGCUGGGGAGACAGGGUGUAAUUAGCCCCCCGGAGGCGGGGUGGGAGGGGGAGAAGCAGCUGUGCCCCGGGGAACUCGGAGGGGCAGAGCUCCGGAAAAGAGGCCUGAACUCUACCGGUGCCCCCUAUGUCGCCUGCUGCGCCUGCGCGUCCGGAGAGGAGCGGGCACGCUUACGCGGUUGCUACGGCAACCAGGAGGCGCAAAAGCCCAUCUCGCGCCCCUCCUCUACCACUCUGCGCAAGCGCACAAAGCCGCGCUACCAACCUCCGCAGCGGCCGCGCGCACUCGUCACCCUACGGGCUACUUUUGUCUCGCGCAACCUUCUUAGGCCUUCUGCGAGAUCGGCCGUUCUUUUCCUCCACACUCCCCACCCGGAGAGCCAGCGGUGGCGGAAGAAGCCGAAGUUCUCCGUCGAGGGAGGAGAGAGCGAGUGGAAUCUCCGGAAAGAGCCGAAGCUUGGAAUCGAGUUUAAUCUCUGGCAGAGCCCGAGGGCGGGCGCUGGAAACCUUCGCAAAGUGCCAAGGCCUGGGACGCUCCUCCUGAGCAUCCUCAGGUAUCUUACACCCCGGGGGCAUUUCCAGGCCCUGUCCCCUCAGCCACCAGUGCGAGGGUGGGCUGGGCCGGGUCCUCCCUCAGCUCAUCCUCCUGCCCCCCACCCUUGCCCAGAGCGGGAUAAGGAGAACCGCCACCGGAAGCGCAGCCACAGCCGUUCUCGAAGCCGGGACCGCAAGCGCCGGAGCCGGAGCCGGGACCGGCGAAACCGGGACCAGCGGAGCGCCUCCCGCGACAGGAGGCGAAGAAGCAAACCUUUGACCAGAGGCGCUAAAGAGGAGCACGGUGGACUGAUUCGUUCCCCUCGCCAUGAGAAGAAGAAGAAGGUCCGUAAAUACUGGGACGUGCCACCGCCCGGCUUCGAGCACAUCACGCCCAUGCAGUAUAAGGCUAUGCAAGCCGCGGGUCAGAUUCCAGCCACCGCCCUUCUCCCCACCAUGACCCCUGAUGGUCUGGCCGUGACCCCGACGCCGGUGCCCGUGGUCGGGAGCCAGAUGACCAGACAGGCCCGGCGCCUCUACGUGGGCAACAUCCCCUUUGGCAUAACUGAGGAGGCCAUGAUGGAUUUCUUCAACGCCCAGAUGCGCCUCGGGGGGCUGACUCAGGCCCCCGGCAACCCGGUCUUGGCUGUGCAGAUUAACCAGGACAAGAACUUUGCCUUCUUGGAGUUCCGCUCAGUGGACGAGACCACCCAGGCUAUGGCCUUCGAUGGCAUCAUCUUUCAGGGCCAGUCGCUGAAGAUCCGCAGGCCUCAUGACUACCAGCCCCUGCCUGGCAUGUCGGAGAACCCCUCUGUCUAUGUGCCUGGAGUCGUGUCCACCGUGGUCCCGGACUCUGCCCACAAGCUGUUCAUCGGGGGCUUACCCAACUACCUGAAUGAUGACCAGGUGAAGGAGCUGCUCACCUCGUUUGGGCCUCUCAAGGCCUUCAACCUGGUCAAGGACAGCGCCACGGGGCUCUCCAAGGGCUACGCCUUCUGUGAGUACGUGGACAUCAACGUCACGGAUCAGGCCAUUGCGGGGCUGAACGGGAUGCAGCUGGGGGAUAAGAAACUGCUCGUCCAGAGGGCAAGUGUGGGAGCCAAGAAUGCCACGCUGAGCACCAUCAACCAGACCCCCGUGACCCUGCAAGUGCCGGGCCUGAUGAGCUCCCAGGUGCAGAUGGGCGGCCACCCGACCGAGGUCUUGUGCCUCAUGAACAUGGUGCUGCCCGAGGAGCUGCUGGACGAUGAGGAGUAUGAGGAGAUUGUGGAGGACGUGCGCGACGAGUGCAGCAAGUACGGGCUUGUCAAGUCCAUCGAGAUCCCCCGGCCUGUGGACGGCGUCGAGGUGCCUGGCUGCGGAAAGAUCUUUGUGGAGUUCACCUCUGUGUUUGACUGCCAGAAAGCCAUGCAGGGCCUGACGGGUCGCAAGUUCGCCAACAGAGUGGUUGUCACAAAAUAUUGUGACCCCGACUCUUACCACCGCCGGGACUUCUGGUAGAGGCCGUGGGGGAGGGCGGGGGCAGGGCUGGCUGGGGGCUUCUCCCCCUCCCGCCCCCCCUCUUUUCCCUCUCUGAAGAUGAUGGGCAGAGGAGUGACAGCCGAGUGACAGCCGAAUGACAGCCGGCAGCAACUGGAAUGGCAGCAACUAAG